UCUCGGGGUGGUUACGGAGCGAGGCAGGAGAGACCCGGCCCGCUGUUCACUUCACUGACCCUUCACUGGAAACACUGCCUAGCCUUGCGUCGCCACUCGAGCCCCAGAACACCCCUUGAGGAACGUGCCUUAGAAAUUAACCUUCCUUGAGAGAGACCUGUGCUGUUCCAUGAGUGAAAUGCGUGUGCUGGUGUUACUGGGGAAGAUUAGAGAAAGAGAGAGCCGUCCAGUGUUGUUGAUGGAAGUGAGAGAAAGGGAAGAAAGUUAAAGAAAACGAGAGAGAGAUAGAGAGAUAGAGAUACACAGACAGAGAGAGAGAGAUUCCACCAAGUUUGCUACGAGUUUUAAAGAGUUUUCCCCAUCCACCUCAUCCACUACCCACGUGCGUGUGCGUGUGUGCGUGUGCGUGUGUGCGACUAGUGUUCGUGUGUACGUGCGUGUGAUACCUACCUACCUACCUACCUCAUUCGUGUGUUCCAUUGCUUAUGUGCGUUUGUGUGUACGUAUGUAUGUGCUUAUACGUACAUAGGAGUCAUCUUGUGUGCGUUUUACUUCUUAUAUAGACACCAAAGAAGAAGAAGAAAAAGAAGGAGAAGAAGAAGAAGAAGGAGAAGAAUAAGAAUAAGAAGGAUAUAGAGACUGUCCUCACCUCAGCCCACCACCACGCCCACCACCACCACGUCCACCACGCCCACACUUCAUCCCCAACCCCUGCCAGUCAGUCCAGCCCUGCAUCAGUUAUAUAAGAGGGCUGGACAGGGCAGGAGGGAGGCAGUGAGGGUGGAGGCAGGAUGGUGGCAGGAACUGUGUUGAAGGCUCUUUGUUUCCUCGCUGCGUCAGGUGGCUGGUUGGGCAGAAGUGGAAGAGGAUAUGUGAGUGGAAUAGGAGGAGGGGGAGGAGGAGGAGGGCGGUGGGAGCAUAUGAGCGAGGUGCCCUUUGGAGGAAGAAGACUAGGCGGCGGAGGGGGCGUGGCGGGUGGCGCGCUGACCCCUUUCAGUGACCCUGACGUGGCGGCGCUGAGCAGUGAGCUGGACGUGUGGAUGGCGCAGGACGUGGAGGAGGCGGACGUCAGCCAAGCCCCGCCGCGAUUACAGCAGAUUCUGAACGCAUUGAAAGACAACACAAGCUACAAUCAGCUCUACGACCACCACCACCACCACCUCGACCACAGCUCCCACACCCCCAAGAGCAACCACCACCACAACAACAACAACAAGGAGAGCAACCAUAGGAAAAGACAGACUCAGGCGGAAGACCACGUUAACACUGCGCAGGAGAUCGGAGCGGUGGACAGAAUCUUUCAAGGAGAGUCGAUCUGCGGUGCGUGUUCCCUCCUGGCAAAGCUGGUGGUCGGGUACUUGAAAAUUGGUGCUCCUGUGGAUUUUAUGGCCAAUGUGCUAGUCAAGAUAUGCUACGUGGUUGCCUAUAAGUCGCUUCCAGUCUGCAGAGGGAUUAUUUUUCAGGAUAAGGACAGACUGGCGUGGAUAGCGAGACACUCAGAGAUCAAUGGUGAGGAGGUGUGCGCCAUGCUGCUGGGCGAUAGAGGCUGUGGGAGGUUUGACAGAAGGCAGUGGAAUGUACUCCUCCCGCCCCCACCUCCUCCUCCUCCACGUAAGAGACCUCACAGACGCCCCCACCACAGACGCAGCCUCCGCCCACCACAGCCACCACAGCCAGCUCUUGUCGCCUCGUCCUCUCCUCGUUUUGAUGAUCUUGAGAUAUACGUGGAUGAAGCGGACAGAACUACCUCAGACAUACACCUUUCCUCCACCUCAUCCCCUUCCAAUGUCUACACUACCUCCACCUCCACCUCCUCCUCCACCACGACCACCUUAGACGCCCCUUCCGCGCGACGCAUCUCCUCUUCCUCCUCCUCCUCCUCCUCGUCUAACUCCCACGCAUCCUCUGGCGGGAAGAAGAAGGAUGUGCUGAAGGUUCUCCACUUAACUGAUCCACAUUAUGACCCGGAUUAUGUGGCAGGGUCGAAUGCUGUGUGUGAGGCGCCGCUGUGUUGCAAUAGAGACAGUGGCACCCCAAGCAAGGAGGGGCACCGGGCCGGGAGGUGGGACUACCGCAACUGUGACUCUCCAAAGUGGCUGAUUCACCACAUGUUCCACCACAUAGUCACCAACCACCCAGAUAUUGACUAUGUGGUGUGUACUGGUGAUCUUGUCCCUCACCACAUCUGGAAGGUGAGCCGGGAGGGGAACCUGGCAGUGGUGAAUGAGAUGGCCGACCUGGUGAAGGGUUUCUUUCCUAAAAUCCCCAUUUACGGAGCUGUCGGCAACCACGAGAGCUUUCCCAGGGACAGCUUCCCCCCACCUGAGAUAGAGGAGGUGUGGGCAAAGUUUGGCUCCCAAUGGCUGUAUGAUGCACUGGCUGAUAACUGGGGCAGGUUGAUGGGCCAGCCAACACCACCCUCAGCCAGAUAUGGGGGCUUUUAUUCUGUCCUGGCUCGUCCUGGGUUCAGAAUAAUCUCCAUUAAUACUAACUACUGCUACAGGUUGAAUUGGUGGGUGUUGUUCAAGGACGUGGACCCUGGCUUGAUGCUGAGCUGGCUGGUGAGGGAGCUGACCAGGGCGGAACAGAGAGGGGAGGUGGUGCACAUCAUUGGACACAUCCCGCCUCUGUACAUUGAUUGCUACGCUCAAUGGGGACACCAGUUUGAUAGAGUGGUGUCAAGGUUCUCCCACAUUAUCAAGGGUCAGUUCUAUGGCCACUCCCACAUGGAUGACAUCAGAAUCCACUACGACAUGGCGGAUCACACAAGGCCGGUGGGUGUGGAGUAUAUCACACCAAACAACGGGCCCUUCAGUAAUGUCAAUCCGUCCUACAGAAUAUUCUACAUCGACGGAGAUCAUAAGGAGACGACUAGGGAUGUGCUGGACUACGAGACAUGGGUGAUGAACCUGACCCACGCCAAUGCCUUCGACGCGCCGCACUGGUACCGCCUGUACACCGCCAGGAGGGACCUACAACUGCCCUCCCUCCAGCCACGCCACUGGGAUAGGCUCACCAGGAGGAUGGUUGACCAGCCUCAGCUCCUGCACAAGUUUAGAAGGUACCAGGUGCAGGACAGUGAUGUGGAGCUGGCCAAGGGGUGUGACGCAGUGUGCAGGCGGAAGACUCUCUGCAGCAUUGUGGACGGGAACAGAGUCAAGCCUUCAAGGUGUCGUCCGCCUUCCUAGUCAACUCCCUGGUACAUUUCCUGCCUUGCUUCUCUUAUUUUCCUACCUUUCUGUUUUUCUUUUAAUAUUUUUCUUUUUUUUUGUCCUUUUCUCUCUCUGUUUUGGUACUAUUCUCUCUGUCUUCUUCUACUUCCUUCUCUUCUUUUUCUA